AGUUGUCAACCAUUAUUUACAAUUCUCACCCUCUUUCCAUAUUACACUUUUCUCCAUCCUUCAGUGGCAGUGUGUGCAAAAACUUCAUAUCAUUCAUGGCCAAGCCACAGAAACCACAACCAAAACCGGGGUGUUUCUCUUUCUCCAGCUUCCUACGUGUGCUUCUAUGUGCUGGAAAUGGAACUAGUCCACCAGUGCACCCUUAUCACAUCACAGAAUCAGAUGAAUCAAAAAAUGCACAUUUCACCAAAGAAAAAAUGGUGGUGAAUGAUAAUGGUAAUGAUGAUAUUUCUGCCCCUGGAGUUGUGGCAAGGCUAAUGGGUUUGGAUUCACUUCCGAACCCCAAAUGGGUGGUGAAAUGUGGUAGUGGCAGCAUCCCAGAUUCUGUUCCUAGAAGCAGGUCAGUGAACUUUGUUGACUACUUGCUUGAGUUUGAUGCUAGCCAUGUUAGUAGCCAUAGGAGGGUGAAGACUUCAACAUCGUUCAGAGAGGUUCCUAGUUUGGUUCAGAACCAAAAGGGUAACAAUGGUAAUAAUCUCUUUGUGUUUUGCAUGGAUGGUGAUGGUAACAUGAGGGAAGAGAAAGAGGGUAGAAAUGAGAUGAGGGAAGUGGAAGAGUUGAGGCAGAGGAAGAGGCAGGGGAGUAAUAAGAACAAAGAGAGUGUGAGUGUGAAGAAAGAGAGAAAUCAAGGGAAGAAGAACAAGAAGAUUUCCAAGCUGAAGAAUGAACCAAGGAGGGUACCUUCUUCUAAGAAUGGUUCAAAGGGUCUAACUCGAAACCAUCAUGGGGAGGUUAAAGAUUUGUCAUCUGUGUCCUCAAACUCCUCUAAGUGUAGUAGUUCUUGUAGUAGUAGUAGAAAAAAUGGUGUUAGUUCAAGAUCAAGGUUCAACACUUCUUUGUCAAAUGCACACAAGAAGGGGGUUGCGGAACCAAAAUUCAGGAAGAACAUGAGAAAUCAGAAUCCAGUGUUGAAGGAAGAAAGUGAAUGCAGGUUGGAAAAUCACAGUCCAGUUUCAGUUGUAGAGAGCAAUGACUACUAUCCUUUCCUUUAUGGAACUGAUUUUCAAGAUGGUCCAAGCUCCGUUGCUUCAAAGUCAAAAAAGUGGGGAUCUCCAUCACUUUUGUCAUUGGGUGAAGAAGUUGAAGACAGUGCAAGUACUAAUGAAGGUUAUACCUUCAUUGAUGUCAACAAGGAAGCAGAGUAUUACUCAGAAUUGAUGUUGAAGCUUCGUACUUUGACUGAACAGGAUAUAAGAGAAUCAGAUUGUACCUCAAAACGUGUACGCGAGACUGAAAACUUUGGGGAUAUUUGUUUGAUGUUUGAGCAUAAAAUUUUCGACCAUUUAUUAUAUGAAGUUGUCAAUGAAGUUUUAGAACUUUAUUAUUGAGAAUUUUGUCAUCUUGAUGUGUAAAGUAUCAAUAUAUAGAUGUAGGAUAUUACGUGAUGAUUUUGCAAAUGAACUCUUCUGUUUGCUACAUGAUACAUAAAACUAACUUCAAGUAUUGAAUGAAGGAUGUUAUUUUCCUCAA